AUGCGGUCGCAAAUACUUCGUGCUGGUCAAGCAGCCAACUGCAGGCCCCAUCUCUCCUCCCUCCGCCAACCGCUCAGAUGCCUAGCCACAUCGCACUCGCCGCCCUCCGCGCGCAACGUCGACCUCGGCUCGCGCACCCCACCGUAUGCCAAACUCCUCUCGCGGCUCGAAGAAGUCCGGCGCGUACUCGGUUCCUCUCGCCAAUUGACUUUGGCAGAGAAGAUUCUGUAUUCGCAUCUUGAGAGCCCCGAGGAGUCGCUGUUGAGCAACACCAAUGGAGGAAGGGAUAUUCGGGGCCAGGCGAAUCUCAAGUUGAAGCCGGAUCGCGUGGCCAUGCAGGAUGCGAGUGCACAGAUGGCGCUGUUGCAGUUUAUGAGCUCGGGUAACAAGGAGGUUUUCGAUUUCCUCGAGUCGGCGGCGAAGAAGUACGGAAUCGAGUUCUGGCCACCGGGUGCUGGCAUCAUCCAUCAGUCUGUCCUGGAAAACUACAGUGCUCCUGGGCUCAUGAUCUUGGGCACCGACAGUCACUCACCGAAUGCUGGAGGUCUGGGAUCGAUUACAAUUGGUGUUGGUGGUGCCGAUGCGGUCGACGCUCUUGUGGAUGCGCCAUGGGAGUUGAAGGCACCCAAGAUCUUGGGUGUGAAGCUUACCGGAGAACUCAGCGGAUGGGCAUCGCCAAAGGAUGUGAUCCUGAAAUUGGCUGGCGAGCUGACCGUCCGGGGUGGCACUGGCUUCAUCAUUGAGUACUUUGGCCCUGGUGUGCAAUCUCUAAGCUGCACAGGCAUGGCGACUAUCUGCAACAUGGGCGCUGAAGUCGGCGCAACUACCUCGCUCUUCCCCUUCUCUCCUGCGCAUAUCCCCUACCUCCAAGCCACACAUCGCGGACCGAUCGCUGAAGCCGCUGCCAAGAUCGCCGGUUCACCAAUGCAGCAGAACCUGCUACGACCUGACCCGGAUGCCGCCUAUGAUAAAGUCAUCGAGAUCAACCUUUCGGAACUCGAGCCUCACAUCAACGGACCAUUCACCCCUGACCUGUCAACACCUCUAUCCAAGUUCAAGUCUGUAGUUGAAGAGAAGGGAUGGCCACAAACAUUCGGUGCGGGCCUAAUUGGUAGCUGCACAAACAGCUCAUACCAGGACAUGACUCGGUCAGAAGAGAUUGUGAAGCAGGCACUAGCAGCGGGUCUCAAGCCCAAGGCGGACUUCUUCAUUACCCCAGGAAGUGAACAGAUCCGAGCAACGUUAGAACGGGAUGAAACCCUUCAAACGUUUACUGCUGCUGGUGGCACUCGUACCGACGACGUAAAGAAGGGUGAAUCCAACGCUAUCCUCACGUCCUACAACCGCAACUUCCCCGGCCGCAACGAUGGUAACCGAGCUACCAUGAACUUCCUCGCUUCUCCCGAACUCAUCACCGCCAUGUCAUACUCUGGCUCUACGACCUUCAACCCAAUGACCGACAGCAUCCCGACACCCGACGGCAAGCCUUUCAAGUUCGCGCCGCCAAAGGGCUCUGACCUCCCUACCGCUGGUUUCGCAGACGGUAACCCAGACUUCAUGCCUACGCCAGGUGUCCCCGACGCCAGCGUGGAUGUCAUUGUCUCGCCUACAUCCACCCGUCUGGCACUCCUUGAUCCUUUCCCAGCAUUCCCUGGCUCGGAAUUUACAGGCCUGCGAGUACUCUACAAGGUCAAGGGACAAUGCACAACAGACACCAUCUCGGCUGCCGGUCCAUGGCUCAAGUACAAGGGCCAUCUCCCCAACAUCUCUGAGAACACACUCAUCGGUGCAGUCAACGCACAGACCGAUGAAGUCAACGUUGCCUACGACUUCGACGGUAAGACGUCCGGUAUCCCAGAACUAGCAAAGAGGUGGCGCGACCAGGGCAUCGAGUGGCUAGUUGUAGCAGAGCACAACUACGGCGAGGGUUCUGCCCGUGAACACGCCGCCCUACAACCCCGAUACCUCGGUGGCCGCAUCAUCCUAGCCAAGUCAUUCGCCCGCAUUCACGAGACCAACCUCAAGAAGCAAGGUAUCGUCCCUCUCACCUUCGCCAACGAAGCCGACUACGACGCCUUCGAAGCUUGCGACCAGGUUGCUACACGGGGACUGUUGGACGUGCUAAAGAGCGGCGGCAAGGGUGAAGUCGAACUUGUCCUCAAGAAGAAGGACGGUAGCGAGAAGGUCGUCAAGACCAAACACACACUCUCGCACGAUCAAUGUGGAUUUGUGAUGGCUGGCAGUGCGCUCAACCUUCUAGCUGCGAAAGGCAGGGAGAUGAAGGAGGAGGUUACCCGGAGUGCGGAGCUGAGUGAUUGA